AUGGAAUCAUUAUUUGACGCUGUUUGGAGCGAAAUAACCUUACCAGGCUCACUUACCAUCACUGUAGACCAACUCCCGAUACUUAUCCACUCAGUGGAGCGCCACUUGAUGAAAAUAACUGGACUUCAGUCACCACCCAUCACGAAUGACGCACAUGUGACCAGCGAAAUGAAUCAUGCCAUAAAUAAGAUGACAAGCACAAGGAAAGAAAACCUUCUUAGCAGAAAGGAUGCCUUAUCUUUGAUUAAUAAACUACUAGUCGAUAUCAAGAUCAUAGAUAUAGACUCAAAACUAGCAUAUGGAGAUUUCAAUGAUGAUUUUGAAUUCUACCAAGACCACCUCAAUAACCUCAUAAUAAAGGAUAAUAAUGUGGUGAACCAAGGCAGUAAUAGCAGCAGGACCAGUAUCGUUCUGGACUUUGAAUAUGAAUAUGACUACGGAUAUGAAGAUGAGGAAGAUGACUUAGACUCAAUUAUGGAUAUGGGUCCCCUUACUUCGUCUUCCCCAUCCAUAUACGAUGUGGAUCCACCCAUCAACCAUUACAUUAGAGAUUCUCUAUUUGAGAUAAAUAAGCACCAUUUACUAAUAAAAUCUAAGUUUUUAUACUCAGAGCUUUUACUAAAGGAUAUUAAGCAACAGAGUGGUAUCGACUUACAACUUCUAAAGGAUUUGAAUGAAUCUAACGACAAAGUACUGGCAAGAAUAGGUAGCUUGAGACAAGAGUUAAUGGAAUUGAGCGACUAUAUGGGAAUAGAAAUGCAUGAAGAAGAAGAAGAAGAAGAAGAAGAAGAAGAGUCCGAUUAUCAGGGGUCCGCUACAUCAGAUUCUUUCUCUUUCGAAAUUCCGAAAUCUGACGAAUUCAUUCAAAAUUGGAUGCUUCUUCCUAAAGGCACUCCUAUAAAUGCUCCUACAAACGAAACAUCAUCUACAAUAAUCUUAUUUAUAUCAAUUUUCAUUCUAAUACUUUCCUAUAUCUUAUCUAUAUAG